AAGGUUAUGAUUCCCACGUGCGUGUUGGUCCAAAAAUUUGACGUUUCCCUUGAAAUUGAUCAAAACAGAAGAAAUAAAAUUCGAAAAAAAUGCCGAAAAUACGGGUGGAGAAGAAAAGCCGAGUCCAUGAGAAAAUCGCAAAACAGGGUAUCAUGUUCAAUAAGGACUUUGGCCAGCACAUAUUGAAGAAUCCUCUGAUAAUCCAGAGCAUGGUGGAGAAGGCAGCCCUGAGGCCCACCGAUGUUGUCCUCGAAAUCGGUCCUGGCACAGGUAACAUGACCGUCAAAAUGCUGGAGAAGUGCAAGAAGGUCAUUGCCUGCGAGGUGGACACCAGGAUGGUAGCAGAAUUGCAGAAGAGAGUCCAAGCAACACCUCUCCAGUCCAAACUGCAGAUUGUCGUUGGAGAUGUGCUGAAGGCUGAUCUACCGUUCUUCGAUCUGUGUGUCGCCAAUGUACCUUAUCAAAUAUCCUCACCGUUGAUGUUCAAACUCCUGCUGCAUCGUCCUCAGUUCAGGUGUGCAGUACUCAUGUUUCAAAGGGAAUUCGCUGAGAGAUUAGUUGCCAAACCUGGGGACAAGUCCUACUGUCGAUUGAGCGUAAAUACCCAAUUAUUAGCGAGAGUCGACAUGUUGUUGAAAGUUGGGAAGAAUAAUUUUAGGCCACCCCCGAAAGUCGAGUCAAAUGUCGUGAGAGUUGAGCCAAAAAUUCCACCGCCACCCAUCAAUUAUCAGGAGUGGGAUGGAUUAACGAGGAUAGCUUUUGGCAGGAAAAAUAAAACCCUCUCGGCGUCUUUCAAACACACCACUGUACUGGAAAUGUUGGAGAAGAAUUACAAACUCCACUGCAGUCUUAAUAAUAAGGCAAUACCUGAAGACUUCGAUAUCAAAGCACUAGUCAUCGAAUCACUAGAGUCUGCGAAAAUGACGGAAAAACGUGCCAGAACGAUGGACAUGGACGACUUCAUCAAACUUCUCCACAGUUUUAACUCUUCGGGUAUUCAUUUCGCGUGAAUCCUCCACAUACGAUUAUUUUUCCAAAAAUCCAUGUUAGAACUGAAUAAACUCUAUUUAUAUUCGAG